UUUCGUAAUGUAGCGAUACAAUGAUGCAAUGAAACAAAAAAUAUAACGUUUACUUCUCUCAUUAUCAAUACUCUUGAGUAUAUUUUCUAACUGCAUAACGUAUCAAUAAUGUUUUAACUUUAAAAAACACUCAUAAUUUUAAUAAAGCUGGAAUAUUGAAGAUUUCGGAGCUAUACUAUAUUUUCUAAUUCAUAUACUGUUUUUAUGUAAUUGGGGAAUAUUAUAACGAAUUUCGUAAGAGACAUUUUUUAUCAGUGAUCAAAGCAGGUCGACCGAUGUAUACGCAAGUAAACUACAUAUAUGUGUAACUUCCAUAUGCAUGUAAUAUAGGUACGUAAAUCCUUCCUUUUUAAUAUUGUGAUUUUUGAAAGUAAACGAGUCUGAUUAUUACCCGUUUUGUACGUGGUAACGAUAAAAGAUUCGUCAGUUUGGCGUACCAUUUGUUGAAUUGAACGAGAUAAAUGGCUAAUCCAAAUGAGUUAAGAUUGAUAUGGAGGAACGCCGACGCCAUUACCUUCGAUGUCGAUUCGACUGUGAUACAAGAAGAAGGAAUUGAUGAACUUGCAAAGUUUUGUGGAAAAGAAAACGAUGUUAUUGCGUUAACAAGUCGGGCUAUGCAAGGAGAUCUGACAUAUCGACAGUCUUUGGUUGAGAGGUUGAAUAUUAUAAAACCAAGCUUUAUGCAAAUAAAGCAAUUUCUGACCUCACGUCCAUUAAAACUUUCACCUGGAAUUAAAACACUGAUAACAGCUCUACAAAUUCGUGAAAAGCAAGUAUUUUUGAUAUCCGGUGGAUUUCGUUCUUUAAUUGCACCAAUUGCCACAUGUCUUAAUAUUCCAUUAGAAAAUGUUUUUGCAAACAGACUUAAGUUCUAUUAUACAGGAGAAUAUGCAGGAUUUGAUGAAGAUCAACCUACUGCAAUAAAUGGUGGGAAAGCAAAAAUAAUAGAGCAACUCAAAAAUGAAAAAGGAUUUACAACUGUUGUUCAUAUUGGUGAUGGAGCAACAGAUUUAGAAACUAUUUCAGUAGUAGACCUAUUUAUAGGAUAUGGAGGGAAUGUGAUCAGAGAGAGUGUAAAACAGCAAUCAUUAUGGUAUAUUACUGAUUUUAAUGAACUUGUCAAUAUUUUGUAAACGUAAACAAUACAAUAUUUCUAAUAAAUAUUGCGAUAUUUGAACAAUUUUAACAAUAA